AUGGCACCUGGGCGCAAGGCUGGAGCGAUAAAUAGUGGCGAUUCGGGUAAUCCUGGAGCGGCCGGUGCCUGCCGAUGGGCGGCAUUCAUUCUCUUUAUUGCACCGUGCUUUAUAGCAGCCCAGACUUGCCUUGAUGCCUACGACGCCGUACCGACUAACAUAUUGGCUGCGUUAUGUGAUACGACCUCCCUGAGGAGAACGCCGCUUGCUCCAACCUCCCGACUAACUCACGAGUCAAACUGA